AUUAAGACAUGAAGCAAAAGAUUAGGCUGUGGAUCAACAUGAAAGUGAAAUUCUUCAAAUAGUUAUCAGUAAUUUAGUCGUCCUAUGAAUUAUUGAUUGAUCUAUAUCGACUAUGUAAGAAAUUUGAGCUAGGAUUUGUAUCAUUAAAACAUUUACCUGGAGAUUUAUCCAAAGUCGUGAUGAAAACAAGAUAUUGACAGAAAUGGCCUCGUAUAAGGGACAUCCUGGGUAUGGGAAACCUGUCCCUGCCCCCAGACAGGCCUCCUCCCCUAUGUCUCCUCAGUACGCUGAAACUCACCGCCCCCUACCCUCACAAAUAAUGGCAGCCGCUGCAGCGGGGAUGUCCGUAUCAGGAAAAUCUGGCUCAAUGUCCGACGCCAAAGCCAAGACAGUCCUCAAAGAAGCUGUGGAUGCUGUUGUCAACAGUUUUGCUAAACAUUCUUCUGGAUAUGGUCGAGUGAAUGUGGUGGAGGCCCUCCAGGAAUUCUGGCAGAUGAAGCUUGAGAGGGGGGCGGAUCUGAAGAACGGAGCCCUGGUGGUGUAUGAGUCCCAGCCCUCCAACUCACCGCCCUAUGUCUGUUUUGUAUCCCUCCCAGGGGGGAGCUGUUUUGGGAGCUUUCAGCACUGUCCUACAAAAGCCGAGGCCAGGCGUAGUGCAGCAAAAAUUGCCUUGAUGAAUUCCGUGUUCAAUGAGCAUCCCUCUCGGAAGAUCUCAGAUGAGUUUAUUGAGAGAGCAGUACGAGAUGCAGCGGGAUCUUUCCAGGGGAACCUGAUGGAUGCUGACAACCCAGCCACUGGAAUAGGGGCCUUCCGUUUUAUGUUGGAAGCCAACAAAGGAAGAACAAUGCUAGAAUUCCAAGAACUCAUGACAGUCUUUCAACUCCUUCAUUGGAAUGGCAGUCUCAAAGCCAUGCGUGAUAGAAACUGUUCUCGACAGGAAGUACUGGCUCAUUAUUCACACCGUUCCCUUGAUGACGACAUGAGGUCACAGAUGGCGCUGGAUUGGAUCGCCCGGGAACAGGAAACUGCCGGAAUUAUAAGACAUGAACUUCAAAUUGCGGAACGUGAACUUGAGAGUGCCAGACUUGCUGGAAGGGAGUUAAGAGUCUUCAAAGAGAAAAGGGACAUCUUAGUGUUAGCUCUCAGUCAGAUUGGUCCAGCAGAAAGUCUAGCUUAAUAAUUACAAGUAUUUCUUUUUGUUGAAAACACUUUAUUUGUAGACAGGGAAAAUGUUUCACAUUGCUAUAAAUGAGAACCUAUGACAUAAAUUUUAAACAUCUGGUUAUACAUUUAUUAAAUGAAAAAAAAGUGAAGAUAAAAAUUGACAAAACAGUACAUUGUACACAUGUUUUAACAACUUCCAAGGCCAUUUUUGAUUGAAGUAGUAUUUACAGUCAUGAUUUGUAUAAUUUUAAUUUUUGAAAAAUAUAUAUUUUCAAUUCUAUAAAUGUAAAUACAUUGUGGCUUUAUUAUCCUUUGUCAAAAUUUACACUCAGUCUAUUAACUGGAUUGUUAAUUUUCAACUCAAAUGGCCAAAGACCCACUAAAAAUUUCCGUGAAAAUGUUUUGAUUUAAUUUCAAAGACAAAUUGAGAAACAUAAGGAUACAUAUGUUUCUGAAAAUUCAAAGCUAAAAAACAUACAUGUAUAUCAAGUCCAGAUGUAACUUUACCACUUUUUUUUUUAGUACAAACCUGUAUAUCUACAGCCUCAAUAGAGGCAUGGUUAGUUACAUGUAUGAUAUUGAAUCUCACUUUUUGUAAAUAUUUGGCCAACAUGACAGUGGUCUUUCAUCUAAUUUUCAUAUGCUUAAAUUUAAGCAUAAAAUUGUACAGAAGUUAAUGUAUAGGAAGUACAUGGAGUCUUUUGCUAUUUCAUUUCUAGAUUUCACUGUAAUUUUUUUUUAGAAACCAUUUGAUUUGUUUUUAAUCAAAUAGAUUUUAAUUGUUUAAUUUUAGUGCAAUAUGUAUGUCAUUGUAACCAGGAAUUGCAUUUCUUAAAUUGUAUUAUAUAUGGAAAGCACAAAGAAGCUAAAAUAUGAAUUUACUUCACAAAAUUAUUUGUGUUGUCCUUGAGUAAAAUGUUAUGUGCAUUUGACACAUAAGUUCAUGCUUUUUACAUGUGCUUAUUUGUUAGAUGGCCUAUCUCUCUCUCUCUUUCUCUCUCUGAUUUUGUGUUGUGUUAAACAUAGAUAAUACUGCAUGUAUUUUGAGGAUUGGGUAUUGAUUUUCAUGAAGGUAUUUUGAUAAGAAUUUCAGGCUAUAAGAUGCCUGAUCUAUCAGGUAAUGGCAAACAGUGAGACUGUCUCCUCAUUGGGAGCAUAGAGGAAGUCAUCAUAAUAGUGUAAAACAGUGUAUAUUUUUACCUUUUCAUGUAAAUCAGAGGUUGUUUAAAUGUUCAUUGAGAUUUAAGUUUUCUUGUGGAAGUUACAUGUAUAUGUCUUUAAUUGAACUUUAUAUGUCUUUUAAUUAACAUUGUGAACAUAUUUUGAAUGGUAUAUGUAAAAUGCUUAUAAUUCUUAUUCAAGACCUAAUUUGCUUUCAAAUCUCAACUAAGUCUUAGAAGAAAAUGUCUGAGUUGUAUCUAACUGUAAGUUACGUAUUUGUUAAUAUAAGUGAAAGGUAUAUAUGUACAUAAAAAACUUUCACAUCAAUUUGAUUGUUACAAGGAAAUACCAAUACUGCAUAAAACAUGCGAUUUUUUUUUUACUCUAUUAAAGUUGAAUCUGAUUAUUUUCUAUAUGUAUAAAACUUUUGAGAUUCAUAAUUUGAAAAAAACAUUGAAAUUUAUAAAAAAAAAAAUUUGUAAAACUAUGUACAUUAAAAUUUGAGAAUUUAAUUAUUUUUUUCCCUAUAAAUUUUGUAAAGCUAUGUACCUGAACUUACUGGUUGUUUUGUUAUUCUGCUUAUGUGAUCAUAUUACUGUUGUGAUUUUUUUCUUCCGUUUUUGUACAGCUCACAUUUUUUUUUGGCACAUUUAGUUAAUUUUAUGCAUAAUAUAUGAAAUAUAUUUCAAUAAAGAGAUGAAACUUUUCA